AUGGUAGCUGGUGGCGGUGCUAGCGUCAUAGAUGCUGAUACGGUUGGAGAUUUAGGCUACGCAUCAGAGCUCGGGAACUACGCAGAGUAUAGUGGAGCACCUAAUGAGGAAGAGGUGUUACAAUACGCUAGACUUGUCAUUGAUUGUGCUACUGCUGAUCCUGAUGGACGCAAACGAGCUCUUCUCAUUGGAGGGGGCAUUGCCAAUUUUACAGACGUCGCAGCUAUUUUCAACUGUAUCAUCCGCACUCUAAGAAAAAAGGAAACAAGACUGAAAUCAUCAAGAAUGCACAUUUACGUAAGAAGAGGUGGUCCUAAUUACCAGAAUGGUCUAGCUAGAAUGCGUGCUCUGGGAGAGGAACUCGGUGUUCCUCUAGAGGUAUAUGGACCAGAAGCAACGAUGACAGGAAUAUGCAAACGAGCCAUUGACUGCAUCAUGUUGCCUGAUGCAUAA